GGAUAUCUUGUUGAUAUGAUGUCUUUGGUGGAACGUAAACAUAAUGUGAAGUAGUGGCUUGGGUUUGUUUAAAAUAAUGUUUUGUAAUUUGCAGUAUAGCGUUUAAGUAGCGAACACCGUAUUAAAGAUGGCUCAGUUGGUAAAACAAGAACAGGACAAGCAUUUGAAAUUUAUACUCGAUCAACCGGAGGAAGUUCUGGUUGAAUUCUGUAAAUUGGCUAUCGAAUAUAUUAGUAGCGGUAUCAACGAGAAAAAGUGCACCGUCGCUGCUAAAAAGUUAGAAACAACUUUCGACACGGUGAAAUCCUGCGUGGAAGCCCUCGUCUGUUUAUUAAUCGAUUGCACCAAACUUCACAUCACCGAGAGCGAUUUUCAGACGUUGAAAACGAUCGAUUUUACCGACGGGCAAAUUGCAAUCCUUUGGCAAUUCGUCAGCAGCAAACGAAAUCUGGUGGAAAACAUUUUGAAGAAUUCAACCGAUACCGAACUGCACUUUCGUGACCUGGAAUGGAGACUGGAAGCCAAAGUUGCUUCCCGAUCACAGCACAAACAGGCUGCCCCAAUGAUUGCUAUGAAACUGUAUCUGGACAGUGAAGUUGUAAAUGAGCACAAGGAAAAACUGGAGCAACGUGGAUGUACAACCAACGACCAAAACACCCGGAAGGAAGUUUUGUUGCAAACUGAUCCAACUAGUCUGGUACAUUUAAUCCAGGUGCUUGAACAAGCCCUGAUAGAUUCCAAAACACAUCGGGUGCGGAACUUUGUCAAAUCGUUUCAAAAAUAGACCAUUAUUUUAAAAUUA